UUAAAGUUUUUUUUUUCUUCUGCAGCGCCUCUCUGCAUUGUUUAGUUCAUACGCUCCCACAUAUUUUCGGGCAAAAAUUCGCUGACAAAAGGAUAGAUAACCUCUACUGUUCACAGGACUCGCACACGCUCAAAUUAACUAACUUCGUCCCGGUGGGAAGCUAGAGCCAAGACGUGCGACGAAUGAACAAUUUCGAGAACUCGUAGAGUGACGAUGCAUCUCAGCAACAACAGUAUCCUACCGGUCUAUUUGUUGGUCCUGGCGGCGGUCGGAGUGCUUGUGUCAGAUGCCUAUCCACCUUAUUUGCUUGUCGUUCCCAACGGGCUCUUCGUUCGAGACCAAUGUGGCUCUAUCGUGGUCGGUUUAGGGCACAUCGAUCCCCUGGGCGGAGGACUCAACAACCAGUUUGGGUUGGACUUUGCUGCGGCUGGACACGCGUGGACGAAGGAGCUGUGCGAGAAAGAUUCUGACGGAGAUGGGAGGACAAACGGGGAUGAACUUGGUGACCCGGACUGUGAAUGGAUGUUACUUGGGGUACCAUCUAGAACUGAGAGUAUCACCAAUCCCGGUGUCAACAAUAACUUCCCCGUCAUCUGCCUGUUUUAGAGAGUAUGACAACCUGAUGCCACGCUGAAGUGCCAAAAGAGAAUACUGAUAAAAAAAAUGAACAGAACAAUAAGAUGUUCGAAAACAACCAAUAAAUAUGAUAUAUAAUAUAAAAAGAUCACUUAAAAGGUCG